AUGCGAUGCCUUCACCUGCUCUGGCUACUGUGCCUGGCCUGCGCAGGCGCAGCGGAGGAGUCCGAGGUGGACAGGGGGUUCUGGCACAUCUCGAAGAUCUUUUGGGGCUGGAUGCUCGGCGUGGUCGAUGUGACCCCUGAGGAGAUGAACAAGGGCCGUGUGCGUCAGCCAUUGAAGAUCAUCGGCGCUGGCUUCGGUCGCACGGGUACCUCAUCCAUGGCUAUGGCCAUGGAGCGCUUGGGCUACCGACCGUACCACUGGGUCGAAGGCAUGAUGACCAUGGGCCACAUCGGCCUUUGGGCGAACUGGUAUAGGGCGGUCCACGCAAAUAAGCAGCCGGCCAUCGAUAUUGCCUUCAAUAAAGUCUCGGAGGCUAUCGCCGAUGGAGGCUUCAACGUGACCUUGGACUUCCCCGCGUGCCUAGCCUUCGACUCUUUCAUGGACAAGUACCCGGAUGCAAAGGUGCUGCUGACAGUCCGGUCCUCGGGCGAGUCCUGGGCCAAGUCCGUUCUGGCCGGCGUGAUUGACAUGACCUGGUCAGCCCAAGGGCGGCUAUUCGAUCUGACGCCGCGGCUGAACGACAUGAGGCUGGUGGUCAUGGGGGGUUGGCCACUGAUCGGCCAAAACUUCAGCACCGCCAGCGAGCUGCCCAACGAGACGUUGUUGGCAAGCGUCUAUGAAAACUGGAUCGUGAAGGUAAAGAAGACCGUGCCCCCGGAGAAGUUGCUCAUCCACGAGGCGAAGGAUGGCUAUGGCCCGCUCUGCAAGUUCAUGGAGAUACCGGAGGCGGAAUGCCCCAAGGAGCCGUACCCUCACCUCAACGCCAGCAAGGAUCAGUGGAUACAUCGAAUAAUCACCUACAUCUUUAUGCGCCGCGGCUGUGAAGUCGCUCCAAGCUCCCAGCGAGGACUUCCCAGCACAGAUUAG